AAGAGGAGAGAGUCGAACAACGUCUCUUCUGCCGAUUUAGCAGAUGAGUUGUUACUUCAUAUACUCUAUAAACAAACAAUUUUGAUCAAAGCAAGGAUACCCCAGCAUGAGCGACCGUCCAAAUCGAUUACAGGCUAGACGUCAGGAUGGAGAGCCAAUUGACAUCUGGAUCAUCGGCGGUGGAGUUGCGUCCCUAGCUGCUGCGGUUUUUCUGAUCAAGGACGCCAAUGUUCUCCCGACUCAUAUACACAUCUUCGAUGUCCAUCCCGCCCUGGGAGGCGGCCUUACGAGAUACGGUGACCCCGAGAAGGGGUAUGUGCUCCAUCCGGGGCAGACUAUCUCCUACCACGACAGCUGCGUUGAGAAGCUCCUCUUGCAGGUCCCGUCGACUCAUCCAGGACCGACGCCAUGGGAUAAACAGUUGGUCCAAAAGGGAGAGGACAGACGGCACGCGCGUCGUUUGACUCGUGCCAUCGCCGUAGGUCCGUCAGGUCCUGAGAGAUUGGACUCACAGAGACUUGGCCUCAACCUCCAAGACAGACUCGGCCUCAUCCGGAUCAUGCUGGAAAACGAGCAAGCUCUCAGCGGGAAGCGGAUCUGGGAGCUUUUCGAUGGAGACUUCUUUAACACCAAGUUCUGGAUGAUCUGGUCGACGACAUUCACUUUUACGCCUCAUCAUAGUGCAGUUGAAUUCCGACGUUAUCUUCGCAAGUAUCUCCACGAUCUUGGAAAUGGUGGAAAGUUGAGCGGACCAGACGAGAUCCGCAACUCACAAUACGAAUCGAUCAUACGGCCCGUCUCGAAAUAUCUCCAAGAAGAAGGCGUCGACUUCCGCCUCGGAGAACAGGUGGUCGAUGUCUUGACCUACCCGGAUAGCGACCCAACUACUGUCUCAGAAAUCAAGUUCCAGGGGGAAGAUGGAUCCGAAAAGAUGGUCACCCUGGACCCAUGCGACCUGGUCUUUGUGGCUCUGGGCUCGAUUGGCUCUGGCUCUGUCAUGGGAAAUAACGACGCUGCUCCUGGACAACCAUCUGUCAAAACCUCCGCAAACGAAUGGUCCCUGUGGGAUAAGCUUGCUGGAAGAUCGAUCAAGUUCGGCAAUCCAUCCAAUUUCUGUACUAACCCUGCCUAUUCAACAGUGGGAAAAUUUACCGUGACCUUAUAUGAUCCUGAAUUCUUUGAUCUGAUCGCGGAGACCACGGGACUGGCGCCAGGAUCUCAACCGGUCUUGUCAUUGCCUAGAAGCAACUGGGAUAUCAGCCUGAAUAUCCCACUACAGCCAGUAAUCAGUAGCCAGCCUGAUACGGUCAAGGUAUUCUCAGGAUGGGCUUUACACCCGGAAAAGAAUGGAAAUCAUAUCAAAAAGCCUAUGAUGCAGUGUUCAGGUGCCGAAGUGUUGCAGGAAAUACUCAAACACCUCAAUUUCCCCGACACUAUCCUCUCGCAUGCAGUAACGAUUCCCUGCAUCAGUCCACUUGCCACAUCGGCAUUGCUGCCCCGUUCUCACAACGAGCGCCCCGAAAUCAUUCCUCGUGAUACAACCAACCUCGCACUGUUGGGUCAAUUUGUGGAAAUCCCCGACGAACCAUCGCUGACGAUGGAAUACAGUGUCCAGAGCGCGCAGUUGGCCGUGGACCAUUUCAUGGGCGUGAAAAAGGAGAUUCGUAGGUCCUGGCGUAAUCACUUUGUGGAAAUGUUGGAUUUGCUUACUUGAGCCUUGAAUAUUGUUGUUGCCUUGGGUUGCGCGAGUUUGGCUUCAAUCCAGGUGGAAAGGCCCACUCUGCUCACAUGAAAGGGGACCAUGAUAUCAUAUUGUUCUUAAUGUCUACUACGGAGCUAUCAAUGUGUUUGCUAUGAUAUGAUAAGUAUGAAUGUUGUAACUAAUCGAAAACAAUGGGUUUUGCUUGCCGAUGAUGCCCUUCCUGGACAAGGUCAACAAAUUCCCCGGAAACCACUAGAAC